AGAUACUCCAAACCUCGAACAAUGAAAUGAUGAACGGCUGAACGCUAUCUGGUAGGGAAAACGUGUCGCCAAGGAUCUGUUCACCUACUUCUCUUUCUUUUCUUGCCCUUGAAUCGGCAAUCUCUUUCUACCCAAAUGAAAGAGAUCGAGUCUCUCCAUUAGUCCAUUGAGAUAGGUUUAGUCUGAAACUGUAUUUUGUGAACCAACACUUGUCUGUAAUGGCUUCUAAGGCUUUUGCUGUUUGGGGAUCUUAUGUUCCUCACGUGGGUAGGGGAGAUUCAGGCUCUAGGCGUGCUUGGUUUGCUUUGAAUUGGAAGAGGGACACUGAGAGGAGCUGUAAAUUGAGAUGUUUUGGUGUUUCCGGAGAUUUGUCUGCUCUUCUGGCUACAGAGCCUACUGAAGAAGAGAAUCGGGCGUUGCCAACGGUUGAAUUACAGCGGUUGAUUGAUCAGUAUGAAAAUAAUGAGCCUAGAAGAUCACAAAAGGAUAUGAACUCUCUUCCAAGACCAUUAUCUGUAACCAAUCUUUCCUCUUCAGCAAACGAUGGCUCGGAGGUGCGCGUAGCAUAUCAGGGGGUACCAGGUGCAUAUAGUCAGGCUGCUGCCCUCAAAGCAUAUCCCCAGUGUGAGACUGUUCCUUGUGAUCAGUUUGAAGAUGCAUUCAAGGCAGUUGAAUUAUGGCUGGUUGAUAAAGCGGUUCUCCCCAUUGAGAAUUCCUUAGGUGGGAGCAUCCAUCGCAAUUAUGAUUUACUUCUUUGCCAUAGGCUGCAUAUUGUGGGUGAGGUGCAGUUAGCUGUUAACCACUGCCUGGGACUACCUGGUGUGAGAAAGGAGGAGCUAAAACGUGUUUUAAGCCAUCCCCAAGUUAGUCAUUUUUUCUUUCCUCUUCCCCCAUAA